AGCUCAUACCUCUCCUGCUUUCCUUUCUUCCCUUUUCUCUUUUUCUCUCUCUAUCUCUCUCAGACGUCUAUACACAAACAAACAUAUUCAUCCUUUCAAUCAUUCUGCUUCGCAUCAAUCAAAUAGCAAACCAAAAAAAAUUUAACCCCCUCUACCCUGUAGAACAUAUAAUUGGACAUUGUAACCACUCACAUUAUUGGCCACGUUUUUCUUUCCACCCCCAUUACACGGUCCCAUAUUUUCCUCCCUGUUCUGCCUCCCAUUCAUGAAGUACCUCUCGCUCUCUCUCUCUAAUAAUUAGCCAUAAUGAAAUCUCUCUGUUUCGGUAACUCUUUAAAGCUUUUUUUUCCUUUUCCACCUCAAAUGCUAUCUCUUUAUCGCCCUCUGUCUCUAAGGCUUCAACGAGUCAGAAAAACCCAUUUCUACGCCACUUCGAGUAUGGACUCUUUGAACAGCGAAGUAGUUCAUGAAUUCCGCUUCUUCCGUGUAUACAAAGAUGGUCGUAUCGAAAAAUUCCAAUCUACCCACAAAAUCCCUCCGUCCGAUGAUCCAAUCACCGGUGUGAGAUCCAAAGACGUGGAGAUUUCAUCCCAACCUGCUAUAUCCGCCCGCAUUUUCCUACCCAAGAUCCACGACCGUACUCGGAAACUCCCAGUGUUGUUUUACUGCCACGGUGGGGGCUUCUGCUUCUUAUCUGCCUUCUCUCCACUCUUGCACAACUAUGUCAGCGCGUUGGCAGCUGAGGCUGAAGCCAUUGCUGUUUCGGUCGAGUACAGGCUAGCCCCGGAGCACCCAAUCCCAGCUUGUUACGAGGAUUCUUGGGCUGCGUUCCAGUGGGUGGCGUCCCAUGCCAAUAGAAACGGACCCGAGCAGUGGUUGAAUGAUCAUGCCGAUUUUCAGAGAGUUUUUCUUGUUGGGGACAGCGCCGGAGGGAACAUUUCGCACAAUAUGGCUGUUCGGGCCGGGUCGAUCCAGUUACCGGGCGUGAAGUUGGGUGGGGCUGUUUUGGUGCACCCUUAUUUUGGCGGUACGGAUGAUGAUAAAAUGUGGAUGUACAUGUGUCCGGAAAAUGGUGGUCUUGAUGAUCCAAGGCUGAAACCGGCCGCGGAGGAUCUGGCUAGGCUUGCGUGCGAGAGGGUGCUGGUGUUUGUGGGCGAGAAGGACCAUUUGAGAGAGGUAGGUUGGCGUUACUACGAAGAGUUGAAGAAGAGUGGGUGGGGAGGAAAUGUGGAGAUUGUAGAGAACGAAGGUGAAGACCAUUGCUUCCAUGUGGACGACCUCACGCAGGACAAGGCUGUGGCUCUCAUCAAAAGGUUAGCUUCCUUCAUAAAGGAGGAGUAGGCCAAUGGAGGUCCAAGGACGACUACUCUUCGUAGUUCAGAUUUUUUAUUUUUUAUUUUAUUUUUUUUGGACUUUGGGAAAAGAAAAAGCUCAAUUGUUGCUUGCAAUUAAAGUGGCCAGACUUCCUUUU